AUGAAUCGAACAGCUCAACUUGAGAAACGUUUUAACGACAUUCUCAGAGGCAAAGUUCCUGCGGAUGCACGGAGCUAUGCUCUCUUUUUGGAAGCGAUUUGUACACAGCAAGACCCCGCAGCCUGCAUCAACAAAAUCACUGAGAGCUCCCAUGGCUCAAGUGCAGUUCAGGCUGCCAUGCGUCACAAUACCAAUUCUCAGUUCCUCAAUGGAACUGCAACCACGCUUCUGACAUAUCUCUUCCGAGCAACAGACCUCGGUGACGUCUUGGAUCAGUUACUCGUCGCCAUAGUUGAUCCCCCCAUUUUUUGGACUGCCUUCAGCCAAGCGUUUGAUCAGGGUGAGCUCAAUGAGCCAGCCCAGGAAGCAUUUGCAGUACUCCUCCUUCGCCUCAUGUGCCUCACUACCGGGAAUACCUCAUCUUACCGUGACUUCGCAAAGAAGCCUAGUAUCCUUACGAGGCUUCUUGAUUCAUCGCAACAGACUUCCGGUACACCUGUCGCUGCAGUCGGUGGACCUGGUGGUCGCCAUGAUAAUGAUUUCGACGAUUUCAGGGAGAUCUCCAUUCUUCCAACUGCAGACGAGAUCCUCUGCCAGCAGCCUCCUUUCAUUCGCCCGAGCAGCGUAUUGGAGGACCCUGAUGGCGAGGCAACUCGUACAGACAUGUUAUAUGAGAUGAGAGAAGAGAUCCAGACCGCUAUAGGGCAGAAGAAGAGGGCGUCACCAAUUCUCAAACAUCAGUCUCUCGUAUGCAUACUUUCGGAAAAUCAAAUCAUCAGUCUCGCAAGCGUUAACCGCGUCGAGGCACUCCUUGCGGAGAAGCCACCUGUAAUUCCAGUCUUGAAGGCUUUGCAGAAGACGCAGGUCAUUCCGCUGUCGGAGGAGCUCCUGUUCUGGAAGGACGGGAACAUCAUCGGUAGCGCUGCAGUGACCGCGGCUCGGGUUACGCGUCCACUUGCUAUGAAUCCGUCCAUGGACUUGAAGCGGCUCCUAGAGCUUUCUUCUAGUAUUGUCCUUGAUAAGUCGCAGGCGGCAUCGCUACUGGCGGGACUUACGCAGAAGCUCUCCCUCAUCCAAGGCCCUCCAGGGACUGGAAAAUCAUUCAUCGGUGCACUACUUGCAAAGGCCAUCCACGAUCACACCGAGCAGAAAAUCCUCGUAGUCUGCUACACGAACCAUGCCCUAGAUCAAUUCCUGGAAGAUCUCAUGAAGAUCGGCAUUCCGGACACUAGCAUGGUCCGCCUCGGCAGCAGAGCAAAUGCGCAGGUCGCCCACCUUGGCAUUGCGGGCCAGAAGAAAGAGCAUUUCUCGCGAUCCAAAGCUGAUUGGGCUAUAAUCAAUAACUUGAAGGCUUCGUCGAUGAUUUACUGCAGAGAUCUAGAAACCGCCAUGGGCAAGCUCAUGGCUUCGAAGAUUGACUUCAUGGGCAUCCUCACGUAUAUCGAAUUUCGAGAGCCGACCUACUUCAAUGCAUUCCACGUACCUGAAUACGACGAUUGGGGAAUGACUCGUAUUGGCAAGGACGGAAAACCUGUCGAUGCUGAGGAACUCAUUGUUCGGUGGACCAGAGGAUUCGAUGCGGGGCAGUUCAAAACUGAGCUCAAUGUACGUGAGACACAAGAUAUUUGGACAAUGCCUCCGGACGCUCGCCGGAAAGUGAUGGAGAGAUGGAAGUCAGAGAUAUACAAAAUACUCCUCGAGGAGAUUUGCACACUUGGCACAGACUACAACGAAUGUCAAGAUCAACUGAUGCGCAGAUUUGGGGAAGCCAGGGUGGCGACCCUCAUGGGGAAGAGAAUCAUUGGAUGCACGACGACUGGAGCAGCUAUGUUUGCACAGGAUAUCCGUGCAGCGAAUCCUGAUGUCCUUCUCGUCGAGGAGGCUGGUGAAAUCCUAGAAAGCCACGUCCUCACCGCAUUAGGUCAGAACACAAGCCAGAUGAUUCUCAUCGGUGACCACCAGCAACUGCGUCCCAAAGUCAGCAACUACAAGCUGACUGUUGAAAAGGGUGAUGGGUUUGAACUUAACAGAUCACUAUUCGAGCGCCUGGUUCUCAAGGGCUUUCCUCACGAAACUCUGACAGUCCAACAUCGUAUGCGUCCAGAAAUCUCAGCGUUUAUUAGGAAGCUUACGUACCCCGACCUCAUGGAUGCUCCCAAGACCCGGGACCGUGACGACAUUCGCGGUGUUCGGAACAACAUCAUCUUCAUUGACCACACUCAUCUCGAGGAUAACGACUCUCGUAUUUCAGACAAAGACGAUGAGGCUUCGUCUGGGUCGAAACAGAAUACCUAUGAAGUAGAAAUGGUUUGGAAGAUCGUACGCUACCUCGCUCAGCAAGGCUAUGGGACGGAGAGGCUAGUCGUUCUCACACCGUACCUUGGGCAGCUCUCAAAGCUUCAAGAUGCCCUGAAGAGGGAUAAUGACCCCGUGCUCAACGACCUUGAUUCGCAUGAUCUCAUCCGUGCUGGACUUAUGUCCCCAGCUGAAAAGACGUCCAAGAAGCGCAUCAGGCUUGCUACGAUAGAUAAUUAUCAGGGCGAGGAGAGUGAUAUCGUCAUCGCCAGUCUGACGAGGUCCAAUGAAUCCAACGACAUCGGUUUCAUGAAUUCCCCCGAACGUCUGAACGUGCUUAUCUCCCGGGCUCGAGAUGGACUCAUCCUGAUCGGGAACUCGCAGACAUUUAUAAAUGCUCGGAAGGGUAGGGAGCUAUGGGGGAAAUUCUUCGAGCUCGUCAAACAAGGCAACUACAUGUACGAAGGUUUCCCGAUCAAAUGUGAACGGCACCCGCAUCGAAAAGUGCUCAUCAAAUCUGCGUCGGAAUUUGAUACUCUUUGUCCCAACGGUGGAUGCACAGAGAUAUGUGGCAUCAUGUUGAACUGCGGCGUUCAUCUUUGCCCGCUAAAGUGUCAUCAGAUCUCGGACCAUUCACAAAUGCCGUGUCAACACCCGUACUUGGGCAGGUGUCCUGUCAAUCACCAACUGAAGUGGAAAUGCCACCAGUCAAAGCCAUACCCAUGUCCGGUCUGUGUCAAGGAAGCCGAACGUGCAGAGGAGAAGCGAAAACGCGAACUCGAACUCGAACUAAAGCAGAAACAAUUGGAUGCGAUAGUUGACGUCAGGGAGCGAGCGGAUGCCUUGGAACAGAAAAUCAAGGAUAUCGAUCCAGCCAGAGCCAAUGCACAGAAGGCGACCGCCCGUGUUUCUUUGUCAUUCGGGACGACAAACCUCGUACCUCCAACACCCCCAUCCAAUCUACAAUCAAACGUACCUCCGCCAAACCCUACUCUGUCAUCACCACCGCCGAAACUGCAGCCAACAAUGAAGCCUUCGACUACCCAGACCCCUUCAGAUUCUAAGCAAUCGAAGUAUCCACAACCUAAACCUUCCUCGAGUCGGACCUCGACGUCGCUGAUGAAUGCAUCACCUGAGUUGGCUGCACGCCAGGAUUUGUUGCAUCAGAAGCAAGUCAAUGGUAAAAAAAACAACGCCACCGACGGUAUCAUGGAGUUGACAGGGCUUGAGGAUGUGGAAGACACCACCGAGCAGCUCAUGCACCAGCUCGAGACCGCUCGCAUCCGACGGCUAGAGGCUAAAGCCGCUCGAGAGAAAGCCUUGGCCGCGCUGAAGAAGAAGUACGAAGAGGAAGAGAGGAAGCGCGAAGAAGUUCAAGUACAGCAGAGUUUGCAGCAAAUGGGUGUGUGUCCAGGAGGCCAUUGCUGGAUCAAGCUGCCGCAAGGUUAUCGAUGUGCUUGUGGUACCCAUUUCAUGUCAAAUGACCAGCUCAUGCGCCAGCAAGAGGCUGCGCUGAAGAAGAAGCAGGAAGACGAAGAGAGGAAGCGCGAGGAGGCCCAAGUACAGCAGAGGUUGCAGCAACUUGAAGCGGGGGUGUGUUCUGCAGGCUAUCGCUGGAUCAAGCAGUCGCAAGGUUAUCGAUGUGCUGAUGGUACCCAUUUCAUUUCAAAUGACCAGCUUAUGCGCCAGCAAGAGGCCGCGCCGAAGAAGAAGCAGGAAGAGGAAGAGAGGAAGCGUGAGGAGGCCCAAGUGCAGCAGAGGUUGUGCAGCAAAUGCUCAUGCGCCAGCAAGAGGCCGCUCGCGUCCGAGAGCUAGAGGUUAAAGCCGCUCAAGAGCAAGCCUUGGCCGCGCUGAAGAAGCGGGAAGAGGAAGAGAGGAUGCGUGAGGAAGCUCGAGUACAGCAAAAGGCGCCGCAAGUGGGUGUGUAUUCUUCAGGCUUUGCCUGGAUCAAGCAGUCGCUAUACGCGCUAGUAGAACUAGCGGGGAAACAGGGUCAGUAAGUCGCGUAGAACAAUACUUAGGUGUGGUGCGAGACGAUACGAACUACCGCUGCACAUGUCCGAGACUCGGGUAGCAUGGAACCCUGGCCUGAUGAAAGAGUGAUAACAAGGAGCAGCAGCUAUGCCUGAUUUUUCU